AUGGGCAACAAGCUGACUCUUGGUGAAGCGUCGUUUUCCAUUCGGGACAAGCAGCUUCAAGAUGUGAUAACAUGCAAUCAGCUGGUGAAGAAGUCCUGGAACCUCCUAAACGGUGACCUCGAUACACUUGGUGGCAUUGUUUUUCGUAGGUUUUUCGAGAUCGAACCGCAGCUAAAGAUUGUGUUUCCCAAAAUCGUACAUAUCAACCACGAUAACAAGCUAGAUGCGAACAUAGACAUGGAUAUGUUAAUCCGACAUGGGGCUGUUGUCAUGAAGGCUUUAGGUGCUGCAGUAGAAAGUCUUGGGGACUCGAGCUGCCUCAACUCCGUCAUAAUAACCAUCGGCCAGAUACACUGCUACCGGAAUGUAAAGCCCAAAAUGAUAAAAAGCCCCUACUGGCGACAGUCAAACGACGGAAGUGGGCUUGGCUUGGACCCUUCACCAGGCACGACUCUCUGUGCAAGAAUGUCCCCCAUGGCACGCUAG